CAGCUCCUGUUCUUCCAGCUCUUAAGACAAGAUGCCGUCGGGCUUCCAACAGAUCGGCUCAGAAGAAGGGGAACCCCCUCAGCAACGAGUCACUGGGACACUGGUCCUCUCUGUAUUCUCUGCUGUGCUUGGCUCCCUGCAGUUUGGCUACAACAUUGGGGUCAUCAAUGCUCCACAAAAGGUGAUUGAACAGAGCUACAAUGAGACAUGGCUGGGGAGGCAGGGGCCUGAGGGACCAAGCUCCAUCCCCACAGGCACCCUCACCACCCUCUGGGCUCUCUCUGUGGCCAUCUUUUCUGUGGGCGGCAUGAUCUCCUCCUUCCUCAUCGGCGUCAUCUCUCAGUGGCUGGGAAGGAAGAGAGCAAUGCUGGUCAACAACACCCUAGCAGUGCUGGGGGGCACCCUCAUGGGCCUGGCCAAUGCUGCUUCUUCCUAUGAGAUGCUCAUUCUUGGACGGUUCCUCAUUGGCGCCUACUCAGGGCUGACGUCAGGACUUGUGCCCAUGUAUGUGGGGGAGAUCUCCCCCACUCACUUGCGGGGCGCCUUGGGGACACUUAACCAACUGGCCAUCGUCAUUGGCAUUCUGAUUGCCCAGGUGCUGGGCUUGGAGUCCAUGUUGGGCACUGCCAUCCUAUGGCCACUACUCCUGGGCAUCACAGUGCUGCCUGCCCUCCUGCAACUGGUCCUGCUGCCCUUCUGCCCAGAAAGCCCCCGCUACCUCUACAUCAUUCGGAAUCUGGAAGGCCCUGCCAAAAAGAGUCUGAAGCGCCUGACAGGCUGGGCUGAUGUGUCUGGAGCACUGGCUGAGCUGAAGGAGGAGAAGCGGAAGCUGGAGCGGGAGCGGCCACUGUCCUUGCUGCAGCUCUUGGGCAGCCGUACCCACCGGCAGCCCCUAGUCAUUGCAAUUGUGCUGCAGCUGAGCCAGCAGCUCUCAGGCAUCAAUGCUGUUUUCUAUUAUUCAACAAGCAUCUUCGAGACUGCAGGGGUAGGGCAGCCAGCCUAUGCCACCAUAGGAGCUGGUGUAGUCAACACAGUCUUCACCUUGGUCUCGGUGUUCUUGGUGGAACGGGCUGGGCGCCGGACACUUCAUCUCCUGGGCCUGGCAGGAAUGUGUGGCUGUGCAAUCUUGAUGACUGUGGCUCUGCUUCUGCUGGAGCGGUUUCCAGCCAUGAGCUAUGUCUCUAUCAUAGCCAUCUUCGGCUUUGUGGCAUUCUUUGAGAUUGGCCCUGGCCCCAUCCCCUGGUUCAUUGUGGCCGAGCUCUUCAGCCAGGGUCCCCGCCCAGCAGCCAUGGCUGUGGCUAGUUUCUCCAACUGGACGUGCAACUUCCUCAUUGGCAUGAGUUUCCAGUAUAUUGCGGAUGCUAUGGGUCCCUAUGUCUUCCUUCUAUUUGCGGUCCUCCUGCUCAGCUUCUUCAUCUUCACCUUCUUAAAAGUGCCUGAAACCCGAGGCCGGACGUUUGACCAGAUCUCAGCCGCCUUCCACCGGACACCCUCUCUUUUAGAGCAGGAGGUGAAGCCCAGCACGGAACUUGAGUACUUGGGGCCAGAUGAGAAUGACUGAGGGGCAAGACAGGGAUUGGAGAGCCACUGCUGUGUCCCCAGAGACCCCCUCCUUUCCUCUGCAGCACUUUAACCCUCUCUUCCCCAUCACUUCCAGGGUAGAAAAAGCCCCUGCAGCCUGGUGGAAUUGGGAAACUGGAGGGAGGGGCGGUCUGAGCACCACCUCAUUCCCCUUAUGUGACUCUCUUGGAUUAUUUAUGUGUUGUGGUUAGGUUGUGGCCAUCAGGGUGAACAGUCCCCUCAGCCUCCUCUUCCUUCCUCCAUAGCCUACCCCAUCCCCACUCCCACCCAACCUAAGCACCAGAAUACUUUCCCCCUCCCCUGUACCCUGAGAGAAGGGGGAUUAGAGGGAGGAAAGGCUCUAGGACUGACUUCAGUGGGGGUGAACUGAAACAGAGCAGGACUAGAGAAAUCAAGUUUCCUGCCAUUUUGGACUCCUCCCACUCUCUGGCACUUUGAAUUCUUGCCACAUAGACUGUGGGUAAAGAGGGUUCUGUCUUGAUACCUCCAUGGCAAAGGAUAUGCCCUCCCAACAUCUAACUCACGCCUCUCACUGCAGGCUCAGUCCUCUCGCUCAACCUUCCAGGGCAAGAGGGAACAUGUGCCCAUAUGUGGCUAGAGGGACAGCAAGCUCCCGCCUCUAGACUUAAGGCUCUGGGCCCUAC